AUGGCGACGACGGGUGCUAGAGGAACGACGAAGAUUGUGCAGAAGAGGAAACCAGUCUUUGUGAAAGUGGAUCAACUGCAACCAGGGACCAUUGGUCAUAACUUGACUGCGAAAGUCAUUGAAUCGUACCACGUCACACCAGCUAUUCGUAAAGGUGGACGGUCGGUUGGAUCCAUGAUUCAGCCGGUUCGACCUACUCGUAUCGUCGAGGCUCUAAUCGGUGACGAGACUGGUUGCAUUCUAUUCACUGCGCGCAAUGAGCAAGGUACUGAAACUGAUUUUCCCCUAGUCAAAGCUGGAAAAACAGUUAUCCUGAGGAACGCUAAGAUCGAUCUGUUCAAGGACACGAUGAGGGUGGCCGUAGAUAAAUGGGGACGCGUCGAAGUCACAGAGCCUGCUACAUUUCAUGUUAAACAAGACAACAAUCUCUCCUUGAUCGAGUAUGAAAUGGAGCAAGCAAAGCUCUCGGCUUAUCGAGAUAGAAGAUUUUCAGGAACGCAAGAGGAGUUCGAUGAGGCGCUAAGGACAUCUACUACUGUUUACAUUGGCAAUGUGUCUUUUUACACAACUGAAGAACAGAUUUACGAGCUUUUCUCCAGAGCAGGAGAACUUAAAAAGAUAAUCAUGGGUUUGGAUAAGAACACUAAAACUCCCUGUGGUUUUUGUUUCGUCCUGUUCUACUCGAGAGAGGACACAGAGGAUGCAGUCAAAUAUAUCAGUGGAACCAUUCUUGAUGACCGGCCGAUUCGUGUGGAUUUUGAUUGGGGAUUUCAAGAAGGAAGACAAUGGGGACGUGGUAGAAGCGGUGGCCAGGUUCGAGAUGAGUACCGUACAGAUUACGAUCCUGAUAUCCUUUCAGUCCGUGGUUAUGGAAAAUUAGUCCAAAAGGAACUCGAAGCACAAAGGCAGCUCGUAGAUUACGGUACUGGCUCAUUGGGAGCCUAUCCUGCACCUGCACCUGCACCGUCGAAUUAUGGAAGACGUGGUGGUAGAGGAGGCUAUAACCAAGGAGGAUCAAAUCGCCAUGGUCUUGGAGAUUACCAUCGGAAACGACAGAGAGAUGAUGAUCGUUAUGGACGCGAUAACUCAAGGAGAAACUCAGAUCACGAGUCUAGGAGAGACACUGACCAAGACAUGAGACCGGAGAAGAACCCGCGGUUCCGUGAGAGCGGUGAUUCAGACGAUGACGGAGAAGAUGAUCGGAAGAGAAGAGGUUAA